CACUGCACAGCAUUACAGGAAGCUGCCAUCAAGCCAGGAUGCCAUAGGCGCUGUCAUAUCCUGAGAGGCUUUCAGAAACCAGACUGUUUGACGAGGAAAGAAGAAGGCUCAGCCAUGGCCAGUAUCCUCUACUACGGCGAACUUCACAACUGCACCGACGUGGACCGACUGAUGAAACGCUAUUACCUGCCUGUCUCCUAUGGCGUCAUCUUCAUCGUGGGCCUAGUGGGCAACGUGACUUCACUUGGUAUUUACCUGACGAAGCUGCGUCCCUGGACGAGCAGCAGCAUCAUCAUGGUCAACCUGGCACUGACUGACCUCCUCUACGUCCUCAGUAUGCCCUUCCUGAUCUACUACUACAGCAAUGGGGAUUCGUGGACACUCGGCGACUUCAUGUGCCGCUUUGUGCGUUUUGGGUUUCAUUUUAACUUGUAUGGGAGCAUCCUUUUCCUGAUGUGUCACGCAGUUUUCCGCUACAUGGUGGUGAUCAAGCCUCUGAGGUCUGCACAGGUGCAGCAGAAGUCUUGGGGUAUAAUUGCGUGCUCAGCUGUCUGGGUCAUCGCCGCAGCUGAAAUCACACCCAUGUUAACGAUGAUAUCCUUGGAAAAGCGCAACAACAAGACCUACUGCUUAGACUUUGCUAGCACCAUACCCGUCGAUGACGUGCGGUGGUAUGGCUGGCUGCUCACUGCAAUCGGAUUCCUACUCCCUCUAGUGGUGGUAUUCAUGUGUUACAUUGGUGUAGUGAAACAGUUGGUGAAAGGGCCCUCCUCAACCAGCCCGUGUCGAAUGCGAGCACGGCGUGUGACCGUGCUGAUCCUGGUGGUGUUUGUGGUGUGUUUUCUGCCAUAUCACAUCCUGCGUGUGUUGCGGAUAGAAACUCGAAAGAUACCAGAGACGCCGUGCAUGGUGGAGCGCAUCGUGCAUGCAGCAUAUAUUAUCUCCAGGCCUCUGGCUGGACUCAACACAUUUUUUAACCUGGCAUUGUACACUCUGUCAGGUGAUAAAUUCAGGAGGGCCUUCCUCAGCACUUUUUACUGGGAAAACUUUACGUGGCUGACCAAGGCCAGGUCACUGCUCCACCUGGCCAUCAUCAGCAAGACAGGCCAUGACAUGCCUGCUGUAUGACUGAUAACUGUCCGACACCUGACUUUUGUCUUUGAUCUCACUCUGGACUUACCGUAAGUUUACUUACUCAGACACGAUACCAGGAAAGCUGAAUAACAGCUGUGGCGUCUGCACUGUGUGCCACCCAGAGACAAUAAAUAGUUUAGUGUGCCAACCCCAGAAAUGUAAACAUAAAUGACUAAGGUUAAAGCUGUAAGAAGUGCAUGGUAAGUUAGACACACAUGAGAAUUGUUUGAAUGAAUAACACUGAAAUGGAUUCUUUUGUUUGCAGCCAUGAAAAUAAAAGGUUUUAGUUUGUGGUCCUAAAACAAGGAAGUAUGUUUGCAUUCCUGAACUGUGGGUUUCCAGGUCCUUGUCCUUAAUAAACACCUGCAGUUUUACAACGCGUUGUAUAUUUCACCUGUGAAUAUCUUAACCAUGAACAUAAAGCUGUUUUUAUCAUGAAACUACAAUGGUUUUGGUUAGUGCACUACAUCACACUAUUUUUUACAACAUGAUUGACAAGCUAAAAUUAAAGUUUAGUGGUGAACACCUGUAAAAGAUUGUAGCUAGUGAGCUCAUUUUAGCCUUGUAUUAGCCUGAUAGUAUUUUGUCUGUUUCAAGAAUCAUAAAAUUAUCAUCUUGUUAGAAAACAAACAUCUGUAUUUUGUACUGAGUUAUAUGUAAUACAACCAUGGAUGAUAAAUAAUUACAAGGGCUGU